AUGCCUAGCGAAAAGGUUGAUGAGAGCGGUACGUCGGGCCCUUAUAAUGCGUCUGUAGGCUCGCACACGCUGGAUGAGGGGAAAGCCAAUACCCAUCUAGUCGGGGGGAGUGUUUCUUCGCAAGACCAGGUUGGUCAGGUGGAGCAGGGCACGCAAAAGGAUGGGCAAGACAGUUGGGACGAAGACCCUCGCAAUCCUCGGUUAUGGCCGGGGUAUCGGAAGUGGGGAGCGGCCGCAAUUGUUAGCAUAUAUACACUAGUAUCUCCGUUAGCGUCCUCAAUGAUAGCGCCUGGUCUCCCAGAGAUAGCUCACGCAUUCGGUAUUACAAACUCAACAGUAGCAGCUCUCACUCUGAGUAUAUUCAUCCUCGCAUACGCUAUUGGUCCUCUUUUUGUUACACCGCUUUCGGAAGUUUACGGUCGUAGUUGGCCACUGCAUCUUUCCAACAUCUUCUUUUUGGUAUUUAACCUGGCCUGCGCCUGGGCUCCCGAUACCGCCUCACUUAUUGUUUUCCGUUUCUUUGCUGGAAUAGGAGGAUCUGCGCCUCUCACAAUCGGCGCAGGUUCCAUAGCGGAUCUAUUUCACGAACGAGACCGGGCGGUUGCCAUGUCGCUCUUUUCUCUAGGUCCCCUUAUGGGUCCAAUUAUUGGUCCGAUUGCAGGGGGAUUUAUCACCCAGAAUGUUGGAUAUCCGUGGGUAUUCAAAAUCAUCUCAAUUGUAGCCGGUAUCGCGACCAUUUUUGGGAUUCCUUUACUGCAAGAGACAUACGCGCCUGUCUUGAAGCGGCGGUAUGGAUAUCAAGAUUCGGGCCCAAGUGGCUCCUUAGGCGAGGUUCUCUCAGAGAACCUUCGUCGGCCACUGCGGUUAUUGAUGAGAAGCAUGAUCUGCUUCUCACUGAGUCUAUACAUGGCUAUAAUUUAUGGACUUCUUUAUCUUAUGUUUGUCACCUUUCCGACGCUGUUUGCUAGCGUCUACGGCUGGGGCCCGGGAAUUGCUGGGCUAGCAUACCUUGGGCUUGGCAUCGGGUUUAUGUUCGCGGCAGUGAUAGGCUCACGGUUAAUGAAUACCCUGUACCUGAAACUUUCUGAAAGAAACGGGGGUCAAGGUAAACCAGAGUACCGUAUACCACCGAUGCUUUUUGGAACUGUACUCAUAGUUAUUGGGUUGUUUUGGUAUGGAUGGACGGCCCACGUCAAGGCUCACUACAUAUUGCCCAUUAUCGGGUCGGGAAUCUUUGGCGCUGGAAUGAUGUUCUGUUUCAUGCCGAUUCAAUUAUAUCUGGUCGAUUCCUUCACAUAUGCUGCCAGUGCCAUUGCGGCUGCAACGUUUCUCCGUUCCUUAUUUGGUUUUGCAUUUCCACUUUUUGGUCAAAGACUAUUUGAUGCGAUGGGAAUUGGAGGAGGCCACUCGUUUUUGGCAGGGAUUGCGAUCGUGGUUGGGGUACCAUUCCCAAUUUGGAUCUACUUCAAGGGAGAACAAAUGAGAGCACGCAAUCCUCUCAAUCGAUAG